AUGGUCUUGGAACAGUAUACCCUGGACCAGUAUGUAGAGAGUGAUUAUAUGGUUGUCUACUUUCCCUAUGGCUUUAAGACUCUGAGUAAACCACCUCUGAAAUGGUUACAAACAGACUGCAAGGAAUUUGAAUACAACAUAGUACUCAAAGUUCUCUAUGUUGUCCAUCCAACCAACGUCAUAAAAAUUCUUUGGAAUAUCUUUAAACCUCUUAUAAGUCACAAGUUUGGGAAAAAGAUCACCUACUUGAAUUAUUUAGAUGACCUGGGACAACAUCUCAAAUAUGACCAGUUAAAUAUCCCUCAAGAAGGCAUGUGACAUGAUGAAAAUCUUUGGAGGAAACAGAAGGGAAAACUUCCACCUGUGGUUAAGGCUCCUCCACCAUGGCCACCUCUGCCUACCCAGCAAUUUGGAGUCAGCCUGCAAUAUGCUUUCCUUUUGGUCAUCAUCUUUCUGUGUAUGGAUGACCAGGGAGGAGGAAUGCAUUCUAAAUCAAACCUCCAUGGGCCUCAGCAGGGAGAAAAUGAAAGGGAGAGCAAAAGCAAAGAGAGAGAAAGUCCUGAAAUGUCAUUGGGACUUUUAGUAGAGGGCCUCUUCAGGAGGUCAGCAAGCACCCAGAAUAUCAAAGAUGUGCAGAAAUUCAACAAUUACGGCAAGUCUGUUAAUUUUGAUGAUUAUCAUGAUUCCAUAUUCCUGUGA